AUGGAACCGAAUUCAAUAUGGGACAUAUAUUCUACGGCCAGAAACAUGCUACCGCUUUAUCCACGGAUAAGAAAUCGGAAACUUAGAGAAGAAUCUAGGAGGAUACAACAUGAGCUGCUUCCUCAUGAAGGAGUGCCUAGUUUCACCGACUAUGACAAUUCAGCUUUGACUCCUUCCUCAACUUCUCAAUUGUCUACUUCUCCACUAGCUGUGAGGAAUGAGGAUUCCAAGCCCAGUACUUCUUCUCAUUCCAAAGGCGUUAUUUCCCGAAGUCACGAUCAGAGCUCCAAUUCUAGCCUGAUCACUCCUCCUGGAGACAGUUCUCAGGCCAGUGUUACUCAAGGAAUCGAAAGUACCUCAAGCGAUAAUCUUGUAACGCCUCUUUCAAUGUCUGAAAGCCCCAACAUUACACAGGUAAAAAAGUCGAAAGAGCUCAGUGAAUUGCUGCAAACAAAUUUGGACGACCUUCUCCAAAUCAAAAACGACAAGGGUCUAUUUGCCGACCACGAUCCGGAUUUUCUGGAGAGAUAUAAAAUAUCUAGAGCUACAGGUGGACAUCUGAAGUCGCUGCCUUCUGUGUCCUCUAGUUCAACGAAUGUGAUUUCUAGAAACUCGGAAACUAUUGAGUCUUCAUCGCCGAAGGAUAGUUCUCAAUUUGCACAAUCUACAUGGAAUGACAGACAGACGAUAAUUCCGAUACCAAUGCACAAGAAUGAAUAUGAAUCUAAAGGUCACGAAAACUCCAUUUCACAAAAUUCCAGCUUAGAUAGGCAUUCAAUUUCAUCACCUUCAAAACAGCUAUCCAAAUGUUUCAAUUGUGGAACCACCAAAACUCCUCUUUGGAGAAGAGAUCCACAGGGCAAUACACUUUGCAACGCAUGUGGAUUAUUCCAAAAACUUCAUGGUACAAUGCGUCCUCUUUCUUUAAAAACUGAUAUUAUCAAGAAGCGAAAUUCAAAAAGGCAGCCGUUCAACCAGAUACAACACUAUCCUUCAAAUACUAAACAGUUCAAUUUCAAUUCGCCAGGAUCUUAUUCUCGGUCUAAAGGACAUCCACAAUUUACAUCCCAUAGUCCGGGUUUCCCUGAAUCCUUUGGCCCAUUAAAUAAUGCUGGAGCUCAUGGAGCCUUCGUUAACCAGCCGCAAACUUAUUUAAUGUCUCAGAGCUAUCCCGAAUUUUCACUCAUUCCAAACCAGAGUAUUCCUGGAAGUUCUACCGAUCUUUAUCCUCAUUCCACAUUUGGUGUGCCUAAUGGUUCUGUAAAUGUCCCGAGUUACAGAAACGCCAAUUUCUACGGAGCAUCGCAGAGACAUCGAAAUGUUCCGAUUCUUCCAAAGCCUAUACCAAAGAACUCUCAACCGCAAUCGAAUUCAAAUACACCACUCGCGACUACGCCCGUUGCAUCUCAAUCGCCAUCAAGUUUCUCGCCGCUCAGCGCGUCGUCCGGCCAAUAUUCCGCGAAUCAAUCUCAACCUCAAGAUAUUCCAAGAUUCAAAAGGUUGAAAUCUCGAAAUUUCUCCGUAAGUUCUUCAAUUGCUUCUUCUCCGGGAUCAGUUCCUGGCGUUCCAUCAAACAGCUUCUCGCGUCGUGGAUCUACGCCUAACAAUCUUUAUCUGGAGAUACAAGCUAAGAGGGGUAUCAACAGCCAAGGGUUGUAUUUCGAUGAAAAUCCCCCACGUCCUGAGCUUCUUGUUGAAAAGGAUCCUUAUUUUGGGAAACAAAAAGCCACAAAGGAUACGGAUAAAAUUGAACAAGCUGAGCCCCCAGACAACUGUUCUUUGAGGGAUUUGGACUGGCUGAAGUUUGAUGUUUAG